GAUGUCAUUCGUUUAUCAAUAGUGUACGUGAUGUAAACUAUAGAUUAACAAAGGACAUUCGUGACAGCGACUCGUCAACAAAAAUGUUUUGAGAGAGAGAUAAAGUAUUUCACAAAAUUAAAAUAUUACCUCCUACUUUGUUUGCGAAUUUAUAUAUACAUUGAAUUAUAUUUGAUGUUUGUGAUAUUUUCGACAUGUGGUGUCUUAAAGGAAGCGAAGGUCUUUGUGUUUACAUCUUGCCAAAUCAGAAGAAAUCCUUUGGCAACUCAUAUCAAAGUGACAUCAAGUUAAAGGAAGAUGUCAGAAUUAGUGAAUUUCAUGCAGAAGUUUCUGUGGAAUCAACAAGAGAAUCAGACACACAAUAUAAAUGUAUUAUCAGUAAUCUAUCUAAAUAUGAAACAAUUAUUAUAAGAGAUGGGGAGGAAAAAAGACUAUCUACAAAUGAUAAAUUUAUAUUAAAAUCUGGCGAUGUGAUGCAAUUUGGCCAGAAAUAUACCUUUGUCGCAUUGUACCAUUUAUUUGUGAUUGUGAGAUCUGGUUUAAGUGAUGAAGAUACAAAGAGAUUAAAGGAUAUUGUGGAUUAUUUGGGAGCAAGUUUAGCUGAAACUUGGGACAAUUCCUGCACACACUUGACAGUAGCUAAAAGCGUUCUAUUUACCACAAAAUUAGCUUGUGCAUUGGCUUCUGCUAAGUCUAUUGUCACAAUUACAUAUUGGGAAGCAGUAAAUAUAGCUAUCAAAGAUUCCAAAGAAUUACCAAAAAUUGAAGAUUUUCUACCACAAGUAAAAGAGGAAUGGCUAAAAGUUUGUUCGAAAUUGUUUCUACCGAACGAAAAACGUAAAACACUAUUCAAGGGUUUGUCGUUUGUGCAUUUUUGCCCGAAGCAAUAUUUCGCAUAUGUACUAUUAAUUAAUGCAGCAGGUGGUAAAUCAUGUGUAUAUCCCACAAGAAGACCCUUAAGACCUCGAGAUCUCACUGCAAAAAAUGCUAUUGUUAUACAGCAACCUGCUAAUGAUUCUUCACAAUUAACUCAAGUUAUUGCAGUUGAUUAUCCUGUCAUUUAUUGCAAGUUACAAGCUGUCAAACGUAGAAUGAUUUCUGAUACAGAAAUUCCUCUUGCAAUUCUGUAUUGCUCCACGACAAUGUAUUGUAAUCCCAAAUUCGAUUUUGCUACAUUUGUAAAAUUAAAGACGCUUUCUCCAUCUGAUACGAUAAUAAUCGAGGAUACGCAGGAUGUUGAGAAUGCUGCUAAGAAACCAAUCGAAAGAAAUAUUAUUCCUGAAACUUGCAAUUCUCCAAAUAAUAAAAAAGUUUCAAAACAAAUUAAUUUUUCUGAUGAGAACAAACAAAGUAUAUAUAACGCUAGUGAAAGUAAUAUUGCGAUAAAGGAUAAGCAGAACGCUGAUAAUAGAGAAAAUAAACGGGAAAUAAUUCCCGAGACAUGUGACUCUCAAAAUAAUGAACACAUUUUGAAAAAAACUCUCUUUUCUGACGAAAAUGAGCAAAAUAAUAUUUUUAGCAUCAGUAAAGAUGAUAUAGGAAUGAAAAUUCAAAACGACGAAAAUAAUUUAAAAAAUAUCUAUUUUUUUAACGAAAAUCAACAAAAUAAUAUUUUUAAUAAUAAGAAGAAUAAUUUUGUAAGCAAUAUUGUUUCUAGAAAGGUCAAUAAACAACCUCAAAUUAUUCCUGAAAGUUGUAAUUCUUUAGAAGAAAAAGUGAAUAACAUUCUUUCUACCGAAAGUAAUAAUAAGCAAAUUCUUACUACUGUCAAUACUUGUAAAUUUAAUGAAAAUAAUAGUUUAAGUAAUUUUGCCAUGGAAGAAGAAAAUAGUGAACUACAAGAAAAGAAGGAUUUUGCAGAAAAUAGUUCGAUUCUUGCACAAGAUUAUAAAAGAAAAGAAGAAAAUAAAUAUAAUUUUCAACAAAAAGAAAAUUUGAUUGAAAAUGAUAAUUUAAAUGAUAUUAAUGAUAAAUCUGAAAGUGCGAGAUGGGAAAGUUCUAAAAAUUCCGCGAUAUAUCCACGAAUUGUAUCAAUAGAGGAAAUUGAUAAAAAUAAAAUGUAUGUAUCGCAAGGAAAGGAAAAAAAUAUGUUAGGAAAGUAUUGCUUUACAGUUGAAGAAUCACAAAAUUCAUUGAAAGAGCAAAAAUUAGAUUCAGCUUGUAAAUCUGAAAAUAUAAAAGUAAAACAAAAUGAAAUACAAAAGAAGGAUGAGAGAAAAGAUGAAUAUCAAAAAGCAUCUAUGAGUUUACAGAGAACUAACUGGUACGAAAAAUAUCUAAACCAAGGAUUUACAAAUGAGAUAUUGCGAAAAGAUAUACCACGUGGUAAAAGAUUUAUUAAGAAAUCCAUUAUGAUCCCUGAGAAGAUUCUGAAAGUGGAUGACUUUGUCUUGUGAUUCAAAAUUUCAGCAGUGAUAAACAAAUCGAUUUUCUACGACUAAUUGACACUCUUAAAAAUAAAAGUUUGUAUAAAGAAUAAUGAAAAAAAAAGAAAAUGUAUGUAAUACUUAAAAAUUAUGACGAAACUUUGGCAUUUAUGUAUCUGUAUAACAAAAUAUACGUUAUAUGAAU